AUGUAAUACGUUGCUGCAUAUGCUUUGUUGACUUUAGGCGGAAAAGCUAAUCCCAGUGAGGCUGAUGUUAAGGGACUAUUGGCUGAAGUUGGUGUAACAGGAUCAGAUGCUGAAAUUAAGACUUUAGUAGAUUCUCUUAAAGGAAAGACAUUGUAAGAAGUCAUAGCAGAAGGAUUGAAGAAAGUUGGAACACUUUCCUUAGGAGGAGGAUCAUCAAAAGCAGCUCCAGUUGCUUCUUAAGCAUAACCAGCUAAAAAGGCUGAAGAAAAGCCAGUUGAAAAGGCUCCAGAGCCAGAAGAAGACGUCGACAUGGGUGGCUUAUUCGAUUGAUGAAAGAAAAAGUACAUUAUACAUUAUACAUUAAUUGUGUUAUUUUCUUAA